AUGUUCACUGGGAUUGUGGAAACAGUGGGCGUAGUAUCUGCAAAAGAUGUCAUGGACACAUCAGAAACUGGAGGAAGUGGAUAUUCUAUUACUGUUUCUGAUGCUUCAGUGGUUCUCACUGACGUUCAUAUUGGUGACAGUAUUGCCAUCAAUGGUGUUUGCAUGACAGUCACCGAGUUUGAUUCAGAGAGAACAUCAUUCAAGGUCGGUGUUGCUCCUGAAACACUUCGUAAAACCAACUUGGGAGAAUUCGAGGUUGGUCAUAAAGUCAAUCUGGAACGAUCCAUGUCUGCAACUACAAGAUAUGGAGGUCAUGUUGUUCAAGGACAUGUUGAUACUACCGUAACGAUAACUAGAAUCACUCCUGAUCCACCCAAUUCCAUCACAUACAGGUUUCAUGUGCCUGCUUGCACUCCGUCUGCUGGAGAAUCCUCACAUCUUCCUUCAACCGAUUUCCUUCAGUACAUUGUUCCCAAGGGAUACGUUUGUCUGGAUGGUACCUCGUUGACCGUGAUCGAUGUGGAUUGGUCCACCCGCGAGUUCUCCGUCAUGUUGAUUGCCCAUACGCUCAAAUCUGUCGUCAUGCCCACUAAAUCUAUUGGUGAUCGUGUCAAUAUCGAGGUGGAUCAGGUUGGCAAAUAUGUCGAGAAUAUGGUGCGUGGAAUGCUAAUGAGCGAAAACAAUACCGUUUUGGCACCCAUGAUUGAACGUGCCGUUGAAAAAUAUCUAUCCAAAUCUCAUCAAUAG